AUGACUGGCCGCGGCAAGGGAGGCAAGGACUUGGAAAGGAGGAGUCACCGUAAGGUUCUGCGUGACAACAUCCAGUGCAUCACCAAGCCCGCUAUCCGUCGGUUGGCUCGCCGAGGCGGCGUCAAGCGCAUCUCCGGUCUCAUCUACGAGGAGACUCGUGGGGUGCUAAAGGUGUUCCUCGAGAACGUCAUCAGGGAUGCCGUCACCUACACCGAGCACGCCAAGCGCAAGACCGUCACUACCAUGGACGUCGUCUACGCCCUCAAGCGUCAGGGACGUACCCUCUACGGAUUUGGCGGUUAAAUCUGGAGUC